AUGGCGGAAAAAAUCCUUCAGAAAGAGUUCAAGGAUCUCUCCAAGGAGUCAUGGACCAACAUCUCCCUCAUCAAUGAGAACAUUCUCGAGUGGAGCGUCGCUCUCAUCGUUCUCAACCCCGACUCUGACUACUACGGCGGCUACUUCAAGGCGCGCAUGUCGUUUCCCCAAAACUACCCGUACGAGCCACCAAAGCUGAGAUUCGRGCGGCCUCUGUGGCAUCCCAACGUGUACCCCGAUGGCCGCCUGUGCAUUUCGAUCCUCCACCAACCCGGCGAAGACGUCAUGAGCGGCGAAGCGGCUGGUGAACGCUGGUCCCCAGUCCAACGUGUCGAAAGCGUGCUCCUCUCUGUUCUCUCUCUCCUCGAUGAUGCUGAAUGUAGCUCUCCGGCCAACGUCGACGCAGGCGUGCAGUUCCGCAGCGACCAAGCUGGCUACAAGGCGCGAGUUGCGGCAGACCGCGAGACAAGCAAGGGCGACAUCCCGGCUGGGUUUGAGAUGCCAACGCACGAGACCGCGUUCAGAAAGGAGGACAAGCUCGAGCCGGACUUCAGCUGGAGCGACAGUGAGGCGGAGGAUGACUUUGGGGACAGCGACGACGAGGAUGAGGAAAUGUUCGAUGACGAUGAGGGAACUGAUCAGGAAGAUGACGAGGAGUGA